AUGCAGGGGAUGUUCGGACGUUACUUGCCGCCGGCUGGGGUGGCGAGUCUACACAAAUACGCUUAUGUUUCAGGCCACCGUACUCCGUUUGAUACCCUCAUGAAUCCUUGGUGGGAAGCAGUGGAGAAGCUUUGGUGGGAGCUGCACUUUGGCGUGUUUUACACUGCCACGGGCAUCAUUGGCGUGACGGAAGCGCAACUGACGUGGUGGGAGCUGCACUUUGGCGUGUUUUACACUGCCACGGGCAUCAUUGGCGUGACAGAAGCGCAACUGACGGUCAUGUUUCUCGCCGUCUUGGGCGGGACGUUUGGUCCGGAGAUGUUUCAUGUGGAUCUCCUUCAGUAUCUGCCGACGUCAAUAGGGAUACCACUGGCGAAGCUUGCAGGAGCCGCUGGAUUGAGUAUGACGGCGAGCGUUGUGUUUCAGCUGAUGCUGCUGGUUUGCAACUCUAUCCUCUGCACUUUGAAUAUCGUUAUGGGGGUCAUGUUCCUCGCCGUCUUGGGCGGGACGUUUGGUCCGGAGAUGUUUCAUGUGGAUCUUCUUCAGUAUCUGCCGACGUCAAUAGGGAUACCACUGGCGAAGCUUGCAGGAGCCGCUGGAUUGAGUAUUACGGCGAGCGUUGUGUUUCAGCUGAUGCUGCUGGUUUGCAACUCUAUCCUCUGCACUUUGAAUAUCGUUAUGGGGGUACGGCGCGCACGGCAACCAUUCGUGGCCCUCACGCAAGUGGUGGUGUUCUUGGUCUACAUCUUCCUCCAGGGGACUGUAUACAUGCAUUGUCUGGUGUGGCGGCCGGUUCUGAACCCUUACCUUGUGUACACUGCAAUCUGCUCCACGUACACCAUCUUGCUGCUGCGGCUCUGCCUGUCAGCUACCUGCCGCUUUCCUUACAAAUUCAUUCAGUGGCCGAUGCUGCCGCUAGCGGCUGCUGCCGCUGCACUGAAGCUGGGCAAUCUGACAGCUAAUCAGGAGUUCUGGACACUCCUUGCAGUGUGCCUUUUCAACUGCAUGUACCUGGCGGACUUCGUCUACACAGCGAUAUCUGAUGUAUGUGAUGGGUUGAAGAUAACCUGUUUCACUGUUCCCAAGACGGGGAGCCCGCACGGCCCCUCGAAAUCGUCGAAAGAGACGAAGAAGGCAGACUAA